AAUAUGAAUGAUUGGAUGCGUGUUAUUGAUGAGGUGGCCAAAGAAAGUGCGGUGAAAAGAAUGACGAUAUUUAAAACUGAACUAGAUAUUAAUCUUAAGGAAGAGGAAGUCCCGGAAACGACUGAAACUCGUAGCUCUGUAUAUGGAAAAGAUCUCUCGAUAUUGAUGGCGGACGGUAAUAUUCCAAUAUUAGUUGAAAAAUGUAUAGCAGAGAUUGAAAAGAGAGGUAUAGAGGAAGUUGGAAUAUACAGAAUCUCAGGCUCCGCAGUCGCAGUAAAUAAGCUUAGAGCGGCAUUUAAUAAGA